CAUCUAUUCGGCACCAGACCAGAAUUAAUAAAUGACUCCCCUUGCGAGAACGUCUGCGACCUCUCCGACUUUAAUUAUUGUGAGGUCACGUGACCCAACAGAGGCUUGAAUAUUUUGUCAGGGUUUUGCUCUCACAGUGUAGGAUUUCUUCGGACAGCGGAUCCAUUUUACUCCAGCCUGAUCGCUUCACAUAUGGGCAAGAGAUUUAUUGUUUUAGUUUAACACUUAAACGCUUGUGUGGGAUUCUGCGCUUUUCUUAGGCAGAUCAGACAUCAUGAGGAAAGUCUAUAGCCUUGUCAGUCUCAAUACAAACUCGGAUCCAAAAGAUGCUGUGUUAUCUCUUAACAUCAAGCCACUACAUCCUGAACAGGCACAAGAAUUCAACAGUCGAUUAACAAAGACUGGCCGUCGCUCUCUGUCUCACUCCAUUUCUCAUUCGUCUUCAGACAGCAACGCCUCAGAAGACUCGGAUGCAGAAUUUGCAGAGGAUGAGGUUUCUCCUCGAGACCGGCAGCAGAUCAACUCGAAAGGAAACUGUGAUUUCUGUAUCAAAAACAUCAAGCAGGCUGACUUCGGCCGUCGAGAGAUAAAGCUGGCUGAGGAAGAUAUGACUGCCCUAAUAGCCCUAAGAAAAGCGGCCCAUGGAGAGAAGCCACUGGCGGGGGCUAAAAUAGUAGGCUGUACUCACGUCACCGCCCAGACAGCUGUGCUGUUUGAGACCCUGGCAAUGUUAGGGGCUCAGUGCCGGUGGGCGGCCUGCAAUAUUUUCUCCACACAGAAUGAAGUGGCAGCUGCUUUAGCAGAGCGAGAUUUUCCAGUGUUUGCAUGGAAGGGGGAAUCCGAGGAUGAUUUCUGGUGGUGUAUUGAUCGCUGUGUAAAUCUGGAGGGUUGGGAGCCAAACAUGAUCCUCGAUGAUGGAGGAGAUAUGACACAUUGGAUUUACAAGAAAUACCCUCACCUGUUCAAGAAAAUGAAGGGUAUUGUUGAAGAAAGCAUCACUGGCAUUCACAGGCUUCAUUACCUGUCCAAAGCUGGAAAGCUCUGUGUGCCAGCAAUUAAUGUCAACGACUCUGUGACAAAACUGAAGUUUGACAACCUAUACUGCUGCAGGGAGUCCAUUCUUGAUAGUCUUAAAAAGACGGCUGAUGUUAUGUUCGGCGGAAAGCAGGUGGCCGUGUGUGGAUACGGAGAGGUGGGAAAAGGGUGUGCGGCAGCUUUGAAAGCAAUGGGGUCUGUUGUGUACGUAACAGAGAUUGACCCCAUUUGUGCUCUACAGGCAUGCAUGGAUGGCUUUCGAUUGGUCAGACUAGGCGAUGUUAUCAGACACGUGGACAUUGUCAUCACCUGCACAGGUAACAAAAACGUUGUUGUGAGGGAACACAUGGACCUGAUGAAAAACGGCUGCAUUGUUUGCAACAUGGGACGGUCUAACACAGAAAUCGACGUGGAAAGUUUGGCAACUCCAGAGUUGGUGUGGCAGCGUGUGAGAGAUCAGGUGGACCAUAUCGUUUGGCCGGAUGGCAAAAGAAUAGUCCUCCUAGCAGAGGGCCGUGUUCUUAACCUGAGCUGCUCAACUGUACCCAUAUACGUGCUCUCCAUCACAGCCACUACACAGGCUUUGGGAUUGAUCGAGCUCUUCAAUGCUCCUGAAGGACGUUACAAACAAGACGUCUACCUCCUUGCCAAGAAACUGGAUGAAUAUGUUGCAAGCCUGCACCUUCAGACCUUUGACGCACACCUGACCGAACUCACAGAUGACCAAGCCAAAUACCUGGGAUUGAGUAAAAACGGACCAUUUAAGCCUAGUUAUUACAGGUAUUGAAAUUGGUGCAGAUCACGGAGAAACCUUGGUGUAUCUUAUCAUCAUAUUUGACAAAAACUGACUUAGACUUUACUUGUUUUCUAUUGCACACAAUAUUACAGGCUUGUCCAUAAUUUCUGUAUAGAGAUAACAUCGAUCCACUUGCUGUUUUUCUGUUUUCCCGUUCUUCUAAGGAUUUUGAAGUUUUCUUUUUAACACACAUUACAUGUGUUUUCUAUCUGUCUAGUCUAAUGGUAAAUUGAAGAAAAAGGUAGAAAAUGUUAUUUAUCAUCUUGCUCGAUUCUCUAAUAAAAUGGCUAAAGAAAACCUCA